AUGAAGCUCGCUGCCAAGAGCGAUUCUCUCCUGAGAAGUCGUAAGAGUGCAGAAACGGCCAAUGGUGCGAAUGAGGAUCAAUGCAUCUCGUUCAGACUUGGGGAGCGCGCACCACCAUCAAACAUGGUGCGCACCAGCAACUACACCUAUCUCAACUUCUUGCCGAAAUUCCUUUUCGCCCAAUUCAAACAAGUGGCCAAUUUGUUCUUUCUGGUAUUGUCAGUCAUACAGACACUGCCAGGGCUGGCACCCUUCGGUCGACAGGCAACAAUCAUGCCACUCACUUUCAUCAUCGGGACUUCAGCCGUUCGCGAAUUUUAUGAGGAUAUGCGCAGGCGUGUUCGAGAUCGUAAGAUGAACUACCAGAAGUGUUAUGCGCACACUGAUGAGGGAUGGAGGAUGAUUCCAUGGUGUGAACUUCACGUCGGUCAAAUGAUCCGAGCUGUGAAUGGCGAGCAGUUAGCGGCUGAUUGUCUCAUUCUUGCAACAUCUGAACCAGGUUCUGUCGCCUAUGUUGAGACAGCGAAUCUUGAUGGAGAAAGCAACCUCAAGGUCAGACAAGCGGCUCCGACACGACUCUCCAACAACGAAAGCAGCAUGAACGUCAGUUUUCUCGAAGUAGUCAUGUUUGCAGGGUCUAAAAUCAGACUGUACGAGAAGUUUUGGCAAAGCGGUGUGGAGAUUGUCUACGAUGCUCCAAACGCAAAAAUCUACGAAUUUCAAGGCCGUAUGUCCGGAAAAUCACGUCUUCUGCAAGUAUCAGCGGAGAGCUCAAGUUUCAGCUCCAACACAGGUAUGAGGAACAUUCCACGAAACUUCGGUGGAAGCUUCCAUUCCCAAAGUUACAAUAAACAAAUAGCGGCCAAUUCAGCGAACGCUCAUGUUAUUUUGAGAGGAGCCCGGUUGAAGAACACGGACAACAUCUACGGUAUCGUGCUCUACACAGGACCGGACACUAAACUCUUCAAAAGCAGUA